AUGCCGACUCCCCCUCCCCCACCUCCACCCGACCAGCUCGACUCGCCGCUCGCAGGCGUGCGCGCCAUCCUGUUCGACCAAUUCGGAACUCUGACGGACUGGGAGAGGAGCGUCUCAGAGCAGCUCGCAGCGCAGGCGACGCUCGGGGGCCAAGACGUCGACUGGCUCGGCUUCACCCGCAGGUGGCGCCAGGGCUACAUGACCCGGACACGCGAGAUCGCUGCGGGCAAGCCUGGGCCGGGCAACAUCGACGGCCUGCACCUCGAGAUCCUCGACACGUUGCUCGAGACCGCCGAGUACGAGACCCUAAGUCGAGCGUGGUCGCCCGAGCGACGGCGUGAGCUCUGCCAGGUCUGGCACCGGCUCGACGCCUGGCCCGACACGAAGCCUGGCCUCGACGCUCUGCGCGCGCUCGAGCCGCCGGUCCUGCUCGGCACGCUCAGCAACGGCACCUUGCGCCUCCUGAUCGACAUUGCCCGCCACAACUCGCUCCCGCUCGACGCCCACUUCUCGGGCGACCUCCUCGGCUCGUACAAGCCCAACCCGCUCAUGUACAACCGCGCGUGCGAGCUCUUUGGGUUCGACGAGCAGGCGAGGGAGAGGGGCGAGGUGGCGCUGUGCGCGAGCCACAUUGACGACCUGCGCGCGGCGGCCCAGCAAGGGCUCCGCACCAUCUACAUCCGCCGCGCGACCGAGGACGUUGGGAUCCCGCACGGCGGCGACGCCGUCCGGACAAGGCGCGACGGCGGCGAGGUCGACGUCCUCAUUCGCGAGAUUGGAGAGGUUGCGCAGUGGGUGCGGUAGAGCGUUUGCAACGUACUGUCGUUGUUUC